AAAAUGUCGAUGUUACGAAAUGCAGUUUGGUGUCUGUCCAAUCUCUGCAGAGGAAAAAACCCGCCCCCUGACUUCACUAAGGUGUCCACGGCCCUACCACUGCUCGCUCGACUACUCUUCAACACCGACCACGAUGUACUGGCUGAUGCUUGCUGGGCCCUCUCCUAUCUGUCCGACGGACCCAACGAAAAGAUACAGGCAGUCAUCGAGGCGGGUGUCGUCAGAAGAUUGGUCGAGCUACUU